AGUGAAGAUAUUCCUUCAAGAAUAGAAGAUGGCCUAAUAGUCGGCAGUUAUUAUAACAUUAAUUUUAUCGGAAAGGGUGUGUAUAGAAAGGACAGUAAUUCCGUCGGAAUAAAAUAUGUCAAAGACCUUGAAAGAUCUUUGAGAAAUGAGAUAACAGCCGUGGAACGAUCUCAAUUAGAUGACCGAUAUAUCCAGGCCCUCGAAAGAAGUUCCAGUCAACAAGUAGAAAUAAUUCAAAGGCAAGGAGGCGUUAUUAGGAAACAAGAGGUCAUCCUCAAAGCUCAAGAAGAAAUGAUUAUUUUACAAGACGAAUUGAUUAGGUUAUUCAAUGAACAAAGAGAUACUUUGGAUGACUUAGCUCAACUAAGAAAUCAAAGACUUAAUUUUUUAGA